AUGCAAAAUUCAUCCAAAGAAAAAACCAUGGUAACACUUAUCGAACAUUUACCGAAUGAACUAUGUUUUAUAAUAUUGUCUUAUUUGGAAGCACAUGAUCUCUUUAGUGCUUUUAUUAAUUUAAAUAAUUAUUUUAAUCAAUUAAUUGCUUCUCGUCAUCUUUUAUACAAAGUUCAAUUUAAUAAAAAUGAUCAUUCAAGUUUUAUUUCGAUUACACAUUGUACUUCUAAUGAAAUACUUAAUCGUAUAAUAUCAUUACAAUGGAUUGCUAAACCUCAAUAUGGUUAUUUAACUCAAUUUCUCAAUAAAAAUAUUUCAAAAUUUACUCGAUUACGAGCUUUAAGAAUUGAAAUACAUCCUCGACAAACAUUUCUUAUUUGUAAAAUUCUUCCAGAACUUAAUUCACUUGAAUAUCUUUCUGUAAAAUCUGUAACUAUAGAAACAUUAUUAGUUGAGACUAUAUUUACAAUAUCUUGUCUUCAUAUAUGUGAAUUAAUUAAUUCUCAUGUAAUGGCAAAUAUUAAAUGUUCCUUGGUUGGACAAAGUAAUAUCGAAGUACUUUACUUGACAAAUAUCUCCAUUGGUAUUCAUUCGAUCACAAAUUCAUUUUUUGAUCAUAUGCCAAAAUUAAAAAGACUCGAACUAUAUGGAUUAACACGGACAUUUAAGAGUUUGAGUUCAUGGGUGACCAAUCAAAUUUUAAUUUUCAAAAAAAUUCCGAUAACUAAACUUAAAUGCAAAUCUAAUCGAAUUACAAUAGUUUUUUUCGAACAAUUACAACCGAUAAUGUCAAUCAUAAAAUAUUUUUCUUUGAAUAUUUAUGUUGAUAUUGAAGAUGAAAUUUUACUUGACAAUUUAAUUAAUAAUUGGUGGUCAGUUAUUGAACAAAUAGAAAAAAUCAAUAUUUCAUUUCGAAUAUCAAAACAAAUCAACACAGUUAAUAAAGAUAUACAAGAGAAAUUUACUACUUAUCAUAAGAUGUUAUUAUCUAAAAUUGAUCAAUCGAACAAAUCUUGUAACAUCAAAUGGAAACAAGCAGAAUGUCCACUGUAUAAAUUUUGUGCUGAAAUUAAUACUUUAGAAUAA